AUGUUGGGGUUCCCGGACGGCCGCGGCCCCCCGCAGCCCGCGUUCGACCUCGCGGCGGCGAUGAGCGUCGGGGGCAGGAUCGCGCAGGCGGUGGCGCCGCUGCUGGCACACACCGCCGUGUCGGGGGCCGCGUUCGGGGCGUCGCUGGCGGCGACGCAGGUGGCGUGCAUGUCGCUGCGGAUCUCCGCGGCGACGGUGCUGGCGCCGCAGACGAUCGGCGUGGCCUGCGUCGUGGGCGCGUCAAUCGUGGCUGGGCAGGCGUCAAGACGGCUAGACCUGAUGGGGAGGCUUGGGGUGCACCACUCGAUGGUGGGCAGCGGCUACACGACGCGCAAGGAGGACCUGAUCGCGGACGCGCUGGUCGGACUGUCCUUCUUCAGGGUCGCUGGCGGGAAUUUCCGCAGCGCUCUUCCGUCCGACGUCCGGUUCCCCGGCGCGCUCUCCGGCGAGUCCGUCCCGGCGUCGGGCAAGGCCUACGCCAACGAGUGGCAGCGGCGCGAGCUCCUGCGGCUGUUCCGGCGGUGGGGGUGCCACCACUGCGGGAGCCGUCGCGGCCGCCCGAUCGGCGACCACAUGCCCCCGAACAUGUCCGCGCACGGCAACACCAAGGGCAGGCUCGGCCCGCUCAACUGGCAGGAGCCCGACGAGGUCGUCAACCGCGGGCUCCGCAGCACGAUUGGGCGCCUGCCCGUGGUGGGUCGGAAGCUGCGCCUCGCGCCGCCGAAGCAGCGGUACUACCCGCAGUGCGAGUCGUGCAGCCAGAAGCAGUCGGCGGCGAUGCGGAACUGGAAGAAGGUCCUGGUGUUCCACUUUGGCGGUCCGCGGUCGCAGUACUUCGCGGGGGCGUUUGUGGGCCUGCGUCACGCGCUGGCGCACGGGGAGGGGACGCCCGCGGCGGGGCGGCCGUGGCGGUGGAGCAAGGUGGUGGACGCGCUGAUGAAGCCCGUGCGGGAGUUCCAGAGGGAGUUCUCGGACGUGGUGACCAUCAAGAAACGCUGA